CCUCAUCAGCGUGUGAUGCCUCAUCAGCGGGUGAUAAUACAGCUAAAUUGGGCCAAUCCUGUUUUUUUUCUCACUCCUAUCUUCCCAUGGCCUUGGUUUGUGGCUUUGUUGGCCUGGCUAUUGGGGGUUUGAUAGCCAUCGCUGUUGUGUGUAAAUGGAAACGUGACAAAGCUUCACUUCAAAAUGAAUUACAAAAAAAGAAGAAAGAACUACAUGACAUGUCAGAGGUGUUUACCACACAGAAGACUGAACUGGAGCAACAGAGAGAUCGACUCAGAGGAGAACUGGAGGAAAUUGAGGCAGAGAAAGAGGAGAACAAGAAGAAGCUUCAGUCAGUGGAGACUAAAAUAACAGAGAAAGAAAUGACAUUUGAGAAACCAGAGGAAUUAUUAAAAGAAAAGGAAAACCUAUUACAGGCUCAGUGGAAAUUGGACAAGAAAAAGAAAAACUGUGAGAAACCAAAAAUGUACAUAGAGAAAUUGCUGGAGCCAUUAGAGCUUCACUUUAGUAGAAUUAACAGGAGGGAUGUUCAAAUAUGGUUAGAUUAGCCGAACAGACACAAAGGUAAAAACAAUCAGAGCAAAAUUGGCUUAAGUCCAACAGGUGAGGCUGAACAGAUAAAGUUCACAAACAUUUCAUUGCUCACAUGUAAAACUACAGAAAAAUGAAUUCAUGCUUGCUGGGACAAUUUGAAUGAGAAUCACUUUCACUUCAUGUGCAGCUGAAUGGUCUACAUUUAUGAUGGAUCUAAUGAGAUCAAUUAAUCAGUUCAGUUCAGCCAAUGUGUUAAAAAUAUGUAUUGUAAUUUGUUUGUUUGGCAUCUGUAUUUCAUAAUAUCACUGUCUGUUUUUUGUUCAAGAUCAG